CCUGGACAAGAUGGAAGAAAGCAUCGGCCGCAAGACGACAAUGUUUUGUCUAUAACACCUCAAAGGAACGAACAAGAGAAGAAAAUACCAACAUUUAUAGCCAGUCGCGGUCAUGUGUAGGACACCCCUACCUGGCCCCAUCUAGUGUUUCCCCUCCUGCACUUGCCAUGAGUAUUAUCCAAGACAAGCUAGGCAACGAGUUCCUGCAAAGCAACGGGGGCAUGGACCCCAACUUCGCCCCGGGUAUGCUCAUGUUUAGUCACCUGCCGCCCGUCACCAGCUUCACCUGCCUGACUUCGCAGUCAGUCAUGGGGGGCAACCAACCCCAGGAGAUUAUCCUAAAAAAGGAACGUGACUCUCCUCCCCACGCCGGCAGCUUCCUCCAUGGCAUGGGCAUCAAGCAGGAGCGGAUGAGCGAGCUGGAUUACCGUGUGCCCCUCUAUGGUGGAGGAGGACUGGGUGGCAGCUGUGGCGGAGGGGGCAUGCGGAAGGGCAAUGAGAUGCUGGAGAUGCAGUUUGGUGGAGGCCACCACCACAACCAUCAGAACAUGCUCCUGCAUGACCUCAGCAACGGCCGAAUUGGAGAGCUGGUGUCUGGAAGACCAGUGAAAGGGACAAAAGAGUCGUCGGGAAGAAGACGGAAGAGCGACGGGGAAGGGAAAGCCAGAAGAAAACGUGGAGAACACAAGACGUUGGACGGCGACGGGGGCGGCCAGUCUCCCAACUCCAAACCACACAUCUGCGAGCACUGCAACGCCGCCUUUCGCAGCUCCUACCACCUCCGCAGACACGUACUCAUUCACACAGGUGAGAGGCCUUUCCGGUGCAGUCAGUGUAACAUGAGCUUUAUCCAGAAGUACCUGCUGCAGCGGCAUGAGAAGAUCCACAGCGGAGAGAAGCCCUUCAGCUGUGACCAGUGUAACAUGUGCUUCAUCCAGAAGUACCACAUGGAGCGACACAAGAGGACCCACAGCGGAGAGAAGCCAUACAGGUGUGACACCUGCCAACAGUUUUUCUCGAGGACAGACCGGUUACUAAAGCACAAGCGGACCUGUGGAGAAGCCUUAAAGAAGGGCCUAGACCCCAGCAUGCUGCAGCUGGCCGACGCAGACAUUGGCCACGGCAGCUACUCACUCACUCAGGGAAAUGCUACUGCCACCUCUGGACGCAGGAGGGGCAAGUCCAAAAACGCAGGCGAAGGCAUCGAGCGCAAGCGUAAGAGAACUGUGGCCGCCACCGUGUCGUCGGGAAGCCUGCAGGACUACGGCAUGGAGUGCUCCGACCUCGGGCCCAGCAUACAGGGUCGCACACCCAAGCUGGUCUUCAAGAAGGCCAAUAAGUCCCUCAACUCCAUGGAGGACGGGGGGCAGAAGCUGCUGUCUCAGAAGCAGGGCUCCAUGGAGCUGUCGGUGGGCUCAGGGCUUGAGGCCAUGGGCCUCCUCCAGGGCUCCUCUGGUGGGGGCGCCAAGCAGGCCCAGUCAGCCACCAGGCAGGCCCAGUCAGCUACCAGCAACAACUACGACGACGCCAUGCAGUUUGUGAAGAAGCGUCGCUACCUCCAACAUAUGGCCAACAGCGACUAUGGGGCACCCUCCCUCCACAUGGGCCAGCCCCAGUCCAGCAGUGUGAUUCAGGGCUCGCUGGGCCACCACAACGAGCCCACCAUGGCCAUGCUGGACGCCUUGCCCCUGGACCUCAAGCACCAUGACAAGUCAUGCAUCCCGGACGAGGUGCUCCAGAGCUUGCUGGACCAUUACAGCCACAAGUCAGACAACGCGCACCACCACCAUAGUGACGUAAGCUUUGACCUCACCGACAGCAGUGGCCCGCACCACGUGGACCUGCAGCCGGCCGCACCUGUCACCCCAGAGCUGGAUGACGACUCACCCAACGGCGGCGACAAGCAGGUGGUGAUGAGCGAGUACUCCAAAUUCCUACUGCAGGCCCUAGAGCGCACCAGCCACAGUGGGCCCUUCCCCACUCUGGGUCCCAGCAGGCCCUUCCCUCUGCUCCCUAGCAGCUCCAGCCCCACAGGGCCCCUCUUCCCUGACAAGCAUCUCUACACUACAUCCCCGCUGGAAUGUGGCUACCCACCAUCCAUCUCCUUGCCGUUGCCCAUCUCCACAGUCUCCUCUUCUUCGUUGUCAUCCUCUAAGUCCCACUACGGCAUGCUGGUAGGCUCCCUGUCCCAGCCGGCCUUCCACCGCAAUGGCCUGGAGGCGGCUAGCCACCAGCAGCUCACCCCGUCUCAGGAGCUUACCGAGCAGCUGGAGAAGCAGCACCACUCCCAUGGGUUCCAGCUCACACCCCAGGAGCUGACAGCCGCCGGCGGGGCCACCAAGGAGCAGGGGGCCAAGGGCAACAGGAGCAACGGCACCAACGGCUCCGGCAACUACGCCGACCUAGAUGUACCCAAGGAAGUGGACCUUCGGGCUACCUACCAGAUCGAGAACUUUGCCCAGGCCUUCGGCUCCCAGUUCAAGUCGGGCCGCCAUACCCCGCUGGGUUACAGCGCUGGCCUCGGGCCCGAGGUCGACCAACGAAUACGGGCUACUGUGUCAGAAUUCUCAGGGUUUACCAGUUUGUUAACUGACGUCAGCGAGCCAGUUAGUACAGGAUCGAAAACUGCAACAAGCCAAAGUUUCAGGAGGAGGGCGGAACAAAAAGACUGCAACAACUUCAAUGGAUCUUCCUGUUCAGUUUUCCUCAUCAAACCCUUUCCGCUACUUGUUAUGGUACUUCUGUGUCAAUGUGAAAACAACUGCUCACAUUUCCUCCAUAAAGGGCCACAUGUAAAAGACUCGCAAACAUGGAUAUUUAUACACUCAAUAACUCAUGGUGUACACACCCCAGCCUCAACAGAAAGAGGUUUCAACCCAAGGACCUUGUUUUGUUUGUUUAUAUAUGUGUUUGUGUGUGUGUCAAGUGGUGAUAUCUGUUUAGCCAUGCACCCCUUUGGAAUGCCCCCUUCAGUGGCCCAUGACAUGGAAACACACUGGCCCCAUUAGCGACAUUUCAACAAUUAUAUUGUCACACAUUUUUACCGCUUUGUCCUCCACUCCUGGCUGUUCCCUUUUUUUUGGCAAUGGAAAUCAAACAAGCGCUUUUGAAAAACAAAAUUGUAAUUGAAAACGAAAAACAACCCGACUCAAUUAAGGAUGUGCAAAACAGUGGUUUUUAAUUGGAGGAGAAAAUUGAACAGGGGUGGGUGGAAGAGAGCGUGAGGGUGUUCUGUAGGGAGGGUUCGACUGGGGUUGAACGGGUAUGGCCGUGGCCAUUUUAGAUGUAUAGUUGUGUUAGUCUUUUUGACUGUUUGGUCAGAUGGAGGGGUUGUACAAAUUAUGUUUUGUUAGAAUUGUGUGUUACCCAUUGUUAUGAGAGAUGCAGGUAUUAUGCUGGAACUUUUUUUAUUCCCACUCAUGUACUAAGACUACUGGAUGCAAAAAUCAAACUAUUUUUCCUUUAUUUAUUCUUGAAGAUAUUCUCCGGUACUUGAGUAUACUUUUUAGCCAGGAUUUCUCAAAGUAACGCCCACGAGCCAAAGGUGGUCCAUGAAAAUUGCGUACUGUGUCAUAUGUGCACCACGUCAUUGCUUGCUCUCUCGCUCUAUUGUGUGUGCGUCUUGCUAGCUGUCACUCAAAUGGCGACGGGCUGAAGCUCAUUUGCUGAAACUCUAAUUGCUAGGGGGGGUAGAUGUAAGCAAAAUGGCGGCUCACAUUUUCCUGAAAAGUCUCUUACAAACUUGGGGUUUCAUGGCCAAUUGAGGAAAGUCAUUCUGCUCAUAUAUUAUGCAUGUAUGGACUACACAAUGACACAUCCAGUUCAAAGCUGGAGGUAAGAAAAAUACUUGCUACUCGCCAAAGUGCUCGAUCAUGUCUUUAACCUAACAGUUUAUUUUUACAGAAUGUUUUGAAAAUGCAAGUAUUCACUGCACCUCAAUCUGUCUUCACCCUAUGAAAUCAGGCCUAAUACUGAAAAAUAUCCUCUGUGAUAUAGGCUGAACUUCACGUUAUAAAUCCCCCCCCCAAAAAAUGCAGUCCUUCAAACAUUGCGAGAAUAAACAAUGGCCUUUGUCUUCUGCGGCUCAAGCCAUUUCUCUCCUGGCAGCCGGGGUUGAUCUUUUCCUACAUCUGCUCAGAUCUCAGGAAACAAAAGUCUGGCUGGCCGGCCACUUCACUCCAAAACACACACUAUGCGUUGAAAGAAAGAGCGAGAGGCUGAGAAACAAACGAUAGGAUUGACCUAAAUAUACCUCAUAUCACUGUUGAAGCUCCAGAAAGCAGCAACACAUGUUUCAUGUAUGUAGUGAAAAUACUUUUUGUAUAGGUUAAACAUUUUGCAUAAUCAUGUAACACUGCUUGUGUUUACAAUUUAUAGAAGAGCAUUUGACUCGUUGAAAUGCAAAAUGUAUUAUCUUUUUUUUGUCUGUAAAGCAUUCACGCCAAGCAGUGUUGCAUUCUAGGUGCCUCAUAGAAACUGUCAUUUCUCUUAUGUUGUUAUAUCCUUUAUUUUUGUUACUUGCCCUAAAUGUUUUCAUAUCUCUAGAAGGAUAUUGUUUACAAAAAUGUACAAAAAACACUAAAAGUUUGUUCAUUUGGUUUCUUCCAAUAUGCAUGAUAUGAUGAUUUUGUAUGGCCCUUUUUUUCUGAUCGUCACCCCACCUAAUUGUAGCUGAUGCUUCCCCAUCCCUGUCCUUUUUGUUCUAGACCAUUGUGAUAUGAUUUACAGGGCUGUACAUGUUACUGCAUUUAUAAACUGAUUAGAGAAGCCAAUAAACAUUUUUUUUUACAAA